AUGUUCUCCAAGACCAUCAUCGCUGUUCUCCUUGCCUCCUCCGCUGUGUUCGCAGCCCCCGUCGAGACUUCGACAAAGGAGGUCGAGGAGAGACAGAUCAACCAGAGUGUCACUCUUUGUAGCGACAAGGGCAUGGCUGACUGCGACACGGUCAACUUCAACUUUGGCUUCUGCGUCUCUCCUAUCGGAAGACUGAACGAUAAGGUCAGCUCGCUGGAUGCCCAUGGUUACAACUGCAUCUUUUACAAUGACACCGGAUGCCGCACCGGUGGCGGCCAGAUUGCCACCACUGGCAAGGUUGACGACAUUCGUAGCCACCCUUCUUUCAGCACCAUGAAUGACGAUGUUUCCUCUUUCUUGUGCAACAUUUAA